AUGAGCUUAUCUGAAGAUCAAAAAAUUUACGAAUUGUCCAUCAAAGUUAAAGGCUCAAAAAGACUCUUCCAUGACUAUCCUGUCCAGAAUUGGGAUUUUUUGAACUACUAUAACAGCACUCAUAACGAUCGGAAUAAAUUGAAAAUAUAUGCUAAUAUAAAAUUUGACUUUAAGGAUGAUCUUAAUUGGUUCGUACAGCUACCAAACAUUCCAGAUAACAUAACAGCAUUUACUACAAAACUUAAUAACGAUAUUCCUCAUGUUGACAUAACUGGGAAUAUGGUGACAGUAGGUGAUAUAAAUAACAGUGGUAACUGUGAUGGGACCUUGUUCUAUAACAGUAACGUCUAUUCUGGAAAAAGAAAAGAAAUUGAGCAAGAUGUGCAACCAGAUAGAGUAGAUGAGGAUAAUGACAAUUAUACAGCAACAGGAGACUUGAAGUAUUUUGUUAAAUUUUUGAUGGAAGAAGAAAACGAUUACCAUCCAUAUAGCUUAGAAGCUCAUGGAGUUGUUAGAUGCGGUGAGGGUGUCUCACCACGACCCAAUUUGAACAGAGCAUCAUAUAACGAAUAUUGUAAAAGCCACCAAAAUAAAGAAUUUCCAAUACCCUCAGAAGGUGUACCAUAUAAUGAUGCUGUAGUCGAUAGCGAUGAUAUCAUCUCGUUUAGAAAACAGACAAGAAAGGUACCUGAUGACUGUGGAGAUAAUGAAGAAAUUUACAACUUCCUUGAAAGUCUAUUUGUUGCAUCUCUUCAAUGCUAUACGUCUGAACAAGAUAUUUACGAUGGUGAACCAAUAUUUAACAGUUUAUUUGUAUACCCAUAUCUAGUUGCAGUUACAAGAGGUGUGACUUUAAAGAAUUGCUUGGCCGAUUUCAAGCCUAGAGAAGCACACUUAGAAUCAAUGAGUAGACAGCUUAACGCUUUAGGCUCGCGAAAUAAUAAUAAAGGCGAGUACAAAGCUGAUGGUAUUAUCAAACUUUAUGGAAUGAAAAAAAUAGAACUGUUACUGUUGGAAACAUCAGGCAAGAUAAACUAUGACCAUCAUAAGUGCGUUUACGGAAGAUUAGCAAUAUUGAAAACAGUAACUGAUAUUUUUUGCUUUGCCUCGAUUGAAUGCUUCAAAGCCUUUAAAAUUUACUUUUUACAUGCUGAAGUCUACUAUUUUGAAAAGGAAUGUCGUUGCACCUUUGGAGCAUCUACUUUACAGAAGAAUGAUAUUAUGAGUUAUGGAGCGAAGAAAAUUUAG